AUGGCGUUGGCCGAUGUCCCUCUCAGUCUCUCCCCCUCCUCUCCCCACCGCGCCGGCCACCACGUGCGUCUCCCAACUACGCCGCCGCCGCCGCUGCCGCCGCCCUCCUGCGCUGUUGCCUGGGCGUCGUGGUCCACCGCUCGCCGCAGCUGGAUGGCUGGAGGUCGUCGGCACCCAAGUACCGCCCAUGCUCUGGCGCUUGCACACCGCCGGCCCUGCCCCAUCCCACCCUCCGCCACCACCUUCCCCACCCCGAGCUCGGAUUUACGACGCCCACUGCCUUCCAGUUCGAGCUCCGCCUCGACCUCAUCCCUGCUGCCGUCGUCUUCCCUGAACCAAGGAAGCCCUCAUCUGAUACGCUCUCGUCCGCGACGUGCUUCUCCAACCAUUGGUACGCGACGGUGGUUCGGUCCGGGAGGUGGCUCCUGCAAUCCUGGCGUCGCCGCAGCAGUGGUUCCAUUCCGGCGGCAUCAGGGGAGCACACAACGUCCACGAGCAGCAAGCAGAGCCGGCCAAUCGGCCAAUGAUGCAGCAGCGCUGGCCAUGAGGAGACGCCUGCCGUGGCGGACGCGGAGACAACAACCAUGGGCGUGGAAGACGGUUUUGGAUCCUGUGAGCCGCCGCCGCUGCCUCGUCGUCAAGCAACGUGGGCCUUCUGCUGCUCCAUGUCCAACAAGUCGCCCACGAGGCGUCAGUGUGGCAUUGCUAGAUCCAGCUUCCCCCUGCAAUCGUCUCUGCCGCCAGCACUUGCACGAAAUCGUGCUGGUUUAUGUAGUUCAAGAUCAAAGGCAAGAAUCAGCCAAAUAUGAUGAUGAGAACAAGGCUAAUGAUGGAGAACUUUCAUCUAUCGAAGCUGAGCAGUCUAUUGGGAUACUAAGUUUCAAUGCGCAUCCUAAGUUUCAGUUACCUGAAAUCAAGGCCAGUUUCAGUCGAUGCCGAAGUAAACUACCACAUACGUGA